AAGCGCGGGUGCGCGCGCUUCCCUGGGUUCCCGGCGAGGAGGCCGCGGGAGCGCCCGGACCCGGCCCUCCAGCCCGGCCCCCGCCCGGCCCCCGCCCCGGCCCUGGCGGGGGAGGGGUCUCUGAGCGCGGCCCCUCCCCCCUGUGCCCCUGCCUGCGCUGCGGUGCCUCCAUCCCGCGUGUCCCAGUCUGUCUGUCCGUCCCUCCGCUCCCAGGCCUCGCCCCACCCGGCCCUGGGGCUGCCCGGUCGACCCCCUCCCCACCGCAGCCGGUCCCCUCCCUCCGAGUCAGCCUCCGCCGCAGCCCAGGAAGCCAGCCGGGACGCUGCCGCCCCGGACCCCGCGCCCUAACCUCCACCUCGGGGGCCUGCACCCCGAGAUUGAACCGGGAGUUCCGGAAACCCGAGCCUGGAACCCUGAUCUGGGACCAGCACCCCCAGAUCCGGCCGUGGAACCCCAAGAUCUGGAGCCUGAACCCCAAUAUAUGGGGCUGGAAUCUCAACAUCGGUCACUGGGACCUCAACAUUUGGAGCCGGAACCCCACAAUUUGGAACACAGACCCCAAUAUUUGGAGCAGAACCCCAAUAUUUGACAUAUAAAACCUCAAGCCUGGAGCUGAACUCUGAAUUCUGCGCCUGGGACCUUGAAAUCUGGGACUGGAUUUCCAAUACUGUACGCUGGAACCCACUCUUGGGGACCUGAACCCUGGGAUUCAGGCCUCAAAUUCCAAGAUCUGGACUGUGGGAUUCCAAGGGGCCUGAACCCGAGUUUGGGCCUGAAGUCCUUGCUGCAGACCUGAAUGCUGAAAUCUGGGACUUGAGACCUCCCAAUCUUGACUCAGCACCCCAGUAUCUGAAUGCACCACCCUGGUAUCGGAUCUCAGACUCUAAACCCCACCGUUUGGCUGCUUAGCAUCCCAAGACUGGACCUGGGAGACCCUGACCCUGAACAACCCAAACUGGACCCCUAAAACUGGACCCUAGAGGCCCAAUAUUUUGGGGUCUGGGACCCCAAGUAUUAAAGUCUGGAGACUCCGUUGCCACAGAUUUGAGCCUAGUCAGGACACAGUCCCUCUACAGAAGCCUUGGGGACAGGAAAGGCAUGACCAGAUGCUCCCUCCAGAGUCCUGACCUCUGACUCCCCUGGAGCUAGAACUCUGCUCCCUGGGGCAGCUUCUAGCUCAGGACACUCCUGCCCGCGAUGGCCAUCCUCCCGUUGCUCCUGUGCCUGCUGCCACUGGCCCCCGCCUCAUCUCCACCCCAGUCAGCCACACCAAGCCCGUGUCCCCGCCGCUGCCGCUGCCAGACACAGUCGCUGCCCCUAAGCGUGCUGUGCCCAGGGGCGGGCCUCCUGUUCGUGCCUCCCUCGCUGGACCGCCGGGCAGCUGAGCUGCGGCUGGCAGACAACUUCAUCGCCUCUGUGCGCCGCCGCGACCUGGCCAACAUGACGGGCCUGCUGCAUCUGAGCCUGUCUCGGAAUACCAUCCGCCACGUGGCCGCUGGUGCCUUCGCUGACCUACGGGCCCUGCGUGCGCUGCACCUGGAUGGCAACCGGCUGACCUCACUGGGCGAGGGCCAGCUGCGUGGCCUGGUCAACUUGCGCCACCUCAUCCUUAGCAACAACCAACUGGCAGCGCUGGCGGCCGGCGCCCUGGAUGACUGUGCCGAGACGCUGGAGGACCUCGAUCUCUCCUACAACAACCUCGAACAGCUGCCCUGGGAGGCCCUGGGCCGCCUGGGCAAUGUCAACACGUUGGGCCUUGACCACAACCUGCUGGCUUCCGUGCCCGCCGGCGCCUUUUCCCGCCUGCACAAGCUGGCCCGGCUGGACAUGACCUCCAACCGCCUGACCACAAUCCCACCCGACCCGCUCUUCUCCCGCCUGCCCCUGCUUGCCAGGCCCCGGGGCUCGCCCGCCUCUGCCCUGGUGCUGGCCUUUGGCGGGAACCCACUGCACUGCAACUGCGAGCUGGUGUGGCUGCGUCGCCUGGCACGGGAGGAUGACCUCGAAGCCUGUGCGUCCCCACCCGCUCUGGGUGGCCGCUACUUCUGGGCGGUGGGCGAGGAGGAGUUUGUCUGCGAGCCACCCGUGGUGACUCACCGCUCACCACCCCUGGCAGUGCCCGUAGGUCGGCCAGCUGCCCUGCGCUGCCGGGCAGUGGGGGACCCAGAGCCCCGUGUGCGUUGGGUGUCACCCCAGGGCCGGCUACUGGGCAACUCGAGCCGUGCCCGCGCCUUCCCCAAUGGGACGCUGGAGCUGCUGGUCACCGAGCCGGGUGAUGGUGGCAUCUUCACUUGCAUCGCGGCCAAUGCAGCUGGUGAGGCCACAGCUGCCGUGGAGCUGACUGUGGGCCCCCCACCGCCUCCUCAGCUAGCCAACAGCACCAGCUGUGACCCCCCGCGGGACGGGGAUCCUGAUGCUCUCACCCCACCCUCAGCUGCCUCUGCCUCUGCCAAGGCGGUCGACACUGGGCCCCCUACCGACCGUGGCGUCCAGGUGACUGAGCACGGGGCCACAGCUGCUCUCGUCCAGUGGCCGGAUCAGCAGCCUAUCCCGGGCAUCCGCAUGUACCAGAUCCAGUACAACAGCUCAGCUGAUGACAUCCUCGUUUACAGGAUGAUCCCGGCGGACAGCCGCUCGUUCCUGCUGACGGACCUGGCGUCGGGCCGGGCCUACGACCUGUGCGUGCUCGCCGUGUACGAGGACAGCGCCACGGGGCUCACAGCCACACGGCCUGUGGGCUGCGCCCACUUCUCCACCGAACCCGCGCUGCGGCCAUGCGGGGCGCCGCACGCUCCCUUCCUGGGUGGCACGAUGAUCAUCGCGCUGGGCGGCGUCAUCGUGGCCUCGGUACUGGUCUUCAUCUUCGUGCUGCUGAUGCGCUACAAGGUGCACGGCGGCCAGCCCCCCGGCAAGGCCAAGACUCCUGCGCCUGUCAGCAGCGUUUGCUCCCAGACCAAUGGCGCCCUGGGCCCCACGCCCACGCCCGCCCCGCCCGCCCCUGAGCCGGCGGCGCUCAGGGCCCACACCGUGGUCCAGCUGGACUGCGAGCCCUGGGGGCCCGGCCACGAACCUGUGGGACCCUAGCCAGGCGCCCCCCCCCAAGGCUUCUCUGGCCCCACGGACAGCAGGACCCGGACACCCUGUGGGACCUGGCCUCAGACUCACCAAAUUGCUCAUGGUUUUUAAAACUCUGAUGGGGAGGGUGUCGGGGACACAGGGCACAACAAGAAAGUCCUAUUUUUCUAAGCUUGGGC